GACCUCUACCGCAUACUGGCAUCUCAAAGCUCCACUUCGGUGACUGUCAACUGUAGUACUCUCAGUGAAGUGCUGACAUACAACCUCGACACUGCUGGCUCAUGGCAGGAAUUUACAACUCCUGACAAAAGCUUCUGUUCAAUAACAUCUGACAAACCCUUACUUGUGAUGCAGUUUGCACUGGGGAACAAUGAAGAUGGGAUUGGAGAUCCGUUCAUGAUGAUGAUCACACCAGUUGAACAGUACAGUAACAACUAUGUUUUCAAUGUCUUGCCAGAGUUUGAAAUCAACUAUAUAACACUGUAUGUGACUCCUGAGGACUUUCAACCGGAAAGCAUAUUUGUUGAUGACACCAACCUUGAGAAUUCCACAUGGGUUGCAGUUUACUACUCCAGUGCAGAUAUUUGUGGAUACAUAACAAGCACAUCUCUGCUACCUGGAGAACAUCAACUCUAUCAUGCAGAUGUCUCAUCGCAAAUUGGUGUGUCCGCAUAUGGUUUCAACGCUUUUAACUCGUAUGGAUACCCUGGAGGAUUGCAACUGGAGCCAGUUCAGUUGGCAAUCAUCAGUUUCUCGCAGUCAGAGUUUACAGUGCUUGAAAAUGAAGAGUUUGCAAGAGUGAAACUUGUGCGAUCCGGUGACAUCUCAAGGGAGGCAGUUGUUCUCAUUGGAAGUGACCCUUACAAGGGGGACGCAGCUGCGAGGAGUGACUACAUGCCAAUAAUUGAAAUUCUGACGUUUCUUCCUGAAGAACUUACAAAGAGAGUCGAUGUUGUAAUAAACGAUGACACCAAUGUCGAGUUUGAUGAAAGUUUUUUUCUCUACCUCGUAAGUGGAGAAGGAGUCCAUCUCUCUCCGUUUCAAAGAGCUAAAGUUGUCAUUAGGAAUGAUGAUGGCAAAAUUACUCUCACACCUCGUUAUGGGAGUGAAAUUGGGGGCACCCCAAUCAUCGUAACAGGGGAUAAGAUUACAGCAUCUGCGGAAGACAAUGUCACUUGUGUAUUCGACGGAAUUGAAACUGAUGGAUUUGUUACAAAAGAUGGCCAGGUUCUUUGUGUUUCACCAGAGAUGAGAAGAACUGGACGAGUGCCCUUUAAACUUCAUAUUGAAGGAGAGAAAAAUAUGUUUAACGGGAUAUCUAUAUUUAGAUCGGUACCACAUGAAAGAGCUGCUGGAGUAAGUAUUGAAACCAACCCUCUUAUUACUAGUGGUGAUAUGGUAAGGCUGAGGUGGUCAAAGGAAGCAAUUCUACCCACUGAACGACACGAUAGAUACACAAUCAAUGUUGCCCUUGGUGAAUAUGAUGAAAAUUCUGCUAAAUGGGUUUAUACAGAAUUGGCUAAAGACAUGCCAAACACUGGAUACAUUGAAAUUGCUGUUCCAGAGCGCUCUCCCAAAGCCGACAAUGAUUCUGGAUCACCAGUUGUGUUUCAAAUCGGAGUGAGCGAAUCAAGCACUGAAACUCAAAUACGCAAACGUGGAAUUUUCAGAAACAUUAUCAAAAAUGUUAUCAGAGGCAUUACUUUCGUAACAAAAGUUUAUAUUUUAGUUAAAUACCCUAAAACUGAAGUGAUCCGUCGAGCGGCCUGCGAACUAUGGGGACUGGCAGAAUCAAGGGAGGCGUCACUACAAAUAUUGUCUGAGCUUCCUCCUUGUCCAUGUACUGUCUCAGAGAUUAAUGGAAAUAUCUUCAAACAAGAAAGCAUUGCAUCGGUAAUAUUCCAUCCUGACAGUGACAAAUGUUUUCGUCAAAGGAUGCCGUCUACAACGGCGGGUCAGCAAUGCUGCUAUGAUGAAGAUGGUGACAUCAUUGUGGGGCAGGAUAGCGGAGGAACUAUAGACUUUGUUGCUCCAAAAGACUUCAAAACUACAAUUGGCCACUUCUUUGUCGAUGUGGUCCCGCACAUAUUCUGUUGUACUCCACUGCUUUUAAGUAAAUGCGAAAAAUACUAUGAGUUCCGUCCCUCAGAUGACUGCUCUCGUACCAGACCACAACGACCAGCAUUUGCGAGGGGGAGAUCCUCACCUGGUAACACUGGAUGGAUUGCGGUACACAUUCAACGGUCGUGGAGAAUUCACUCUUAUUGAAACGCAAGGAGACAUGUUCACACUGCAAGGCCGUAUGACACUAGCCAAUGGUGUCAACAACAGUGCAGUAGCUGCCACGGUUUUCUCAGCCAUUGCUGCCAAGGACAAUGAUUCCGACACUGUUCAGUUCGAAGUUGAUGAAAACAACACACUGAUUGCAAUCGUUUCCGGAGAACUCAUAGUGUUUGAUCUUGCAGAACAAGAGUUUGAAAAAGUGACAGUGCAACAUCUCGGUGAAAACUCUAUUGAAGCUCUGUUUGCCAGUGGAGCAUAUGUAGUAGCUGGUGCAGAGAAUGGGUUUAUCGCAACCCUCCAGGUGAUCCUGCUGGAAGCCUACUCUGGCCAGGUCCAGGGACUACUGGGGACGUACAAUGGAGACGUGUCAGACGAUCUACUGCCUCAGUUUGGUGACAGACCACUCCCCCCUGACUCGAGCAUGGAAGACAUUCACAACGAGUUUGGUGUAACAUGGAUUGUGGACAGUGCUACCAAGAGCCUGUUUGUGUACCAGCCAGAACAUAACUGGGACUCCUUCUAUGAUCCUUACUUCGUUCCAUCUUUCGAGCCAAAUUUCAGUGACCCAACUCUAGAGUCAAAAGCAAAUGAAAUCUGUGGUGACGACAGCUCUUGUCUCUUUGACAUUGCUGCUACCGGAAACAUUGAUGUGGGAAUUUCAACUCUUGAAAGUUCAAAGAUCAUAGACGAAAUUUACACUUUCCUACUUCCAGUUGUGUGCAGUUCUGGGUGUGAGUUUGGAGCCUGUGUUGCUAAUGACACAUGCAAGUGCUCAGAUGGAUAUGCAGGGAAAUCAUGCUCUGAAAAAGUUGUGCAGACUUGUGAGGAGAACAUCUGUGAAAAUGGCGGCAGUUGCACGAGGCAUGUGAACGACUACACAUGUAUGUGUUCUCCUGGUUUCAGUGGCUUUCUCUGCGAGGAAGCUUUAGGUGAAAGCGACAAUGACGAAUCUGGGAAUACUGGAACAGUGGUUGGAGUUAGUGUGGUGAUAGUCUUACUGGCUCUCAUCUCUAUGACCGUUGUGGUGGUGAUAGUCCUGCGAAGAGCCCGUCAGAAGCGAAGGGGCGGUAUAUACCACAUAAAUCUGAGGAAUUUGACAUGCGGCAACCUGAAUUGUCUACAUCUAAAGAACAAAAAUAAAAAGGAGGAACAAGAAACUGCUAGAACUUGUAAAAGUAGUUGUAAAAAACACUUUUAUUAUCAUAGCAUGUUGAUUAUUUGUUCGUAGACUUAUUACUACAUAUUUUAUACUGUUAUUUCCCUUACAUGAGUGUCUCUGACCAUCACUGUAACAAUUCACCGUAGCCACCACAACUUACGGCAACAGUUUGAUCAGAC